CUUGAGCAACCAACUGAUGGUCCAAGUAAAUAAUGGCGGUGUUAAGGACGAGAUGAAUUGGAAAACAAUCCCCAACAUCCAGCCCUUUUGACGUAUAACAAAUGUCGAUCGAGUAGAUCGAUCAGUAGAAAAAUUAUUCAACUUUCAGAUGAUAUUAUAAUUUAUACGUUAAGUGCUAUCUGGAAAGAUGGAGCUUCGGGUCGGAAAUAAAUACAGACUUGGUAGAAAGAUUGGAAGUGGUUCUUUUGGAGAUAUUUACUUGGGAACGGAUAUAUCUAAUGGAGAAGAAGUAGCCAUUAAGUUGGAAUGUGUGAAGACCAAACAUCCACAAUUACAUAUUGAGAGCAAGAUAUAUCGUAUGAUGCAAGGUGGAGUUGGAAUACCAACUAUUAAAUGGUGUGGGGCUGAAGGUGAUUAUAAUGUUAUGGUUAUGGAGUUGUUAGGUCCCAGUCUAGAAGAUCUUUUUAAUUUUUGCUCACGGAAAUUUAGCUUAAAAACAGUGCUAUUACUAGCUGAUCAGUUGAUCAGCCGAAUUGAAUAUAUUCAUUCAAAGAACUUCAUUCACAGAGAUGUUAAACCAGACAAUUUUCUUAUGGGACUCGGAAAGAAAGGAAACUUGGUGUAUAUUAUUGACUUUGGACUAGCCAAAAAAUAUCGAGAUGCUCGAACACAUCAACAUAUACCAUAUAGAGAAAAUAAAAAUCUCACUGGUACUGCUCGGUAUGCUAGUAUUAAUACACAUUUAGGAAUUGAACAAAGUAGAAGAGAUGAUAUGGAAUCCUUAGGUUAUGUGUUCAUGUAUUUCCUAAGAGGUAGUUUACCAUGGCAGGGCCUAAAAGCAGCUACCAAAAGGCAGAAAUAUGAACGAAUUAGUGAAAAGAAAAUGUCAACUCCUAUUGAAGAACUUUGCAAAGGCUUUCCAUCUGAAUUUGCUACUUAUCUAAAUUUUUGUCGAUCUCUACGUUUUGAUGAUAAACCUGAUUAUUCCUAUUUACGUCAGUUAUUCAGAAAUCUCUUCCAUCGUCAGGGCUUCACUUAUGAUUAUGUCUUUGACUGGAAUAUGUUAAAGUUUGUAAGUAUGAAUUUUGUGUUAGAUUUUGAUAAGUUGCUCCAUUUCUGA